AUGGGACGCGGCUUGGCGUUGGUGGCUUUUGUUUUCCUCGGCCUUUUUCUGGAUCAUAGUGGCUCUGGAAGCCGCGUGGCAUCGGAAUCGCCGGAGGAGGCGACAGAGGGCGCGCGCUUUGUUGCGGAGGUUCAAGAACAGGGGUGCUGGAAAGAAGGUGCGCAAAAAAAUUGCAACCUAUCGAAGCAUCCUGCAUCGGCAUCACGGGUCCAUGCCUCCCGCGACGAUGAGUCAAAAGCAGUGGAUGUGCCGGAAGUGAAGAGGAAGAUCGAGGAGAACAAGCAGAAGCCCAAGAAAGGAGACGACAAAGAGAGUCAAGAGAACGUGCUCUGCCUUACGCCCUUCUCCAGUCGGAAGAAAGGGGGCAAAGAGCUCGCGGGUGUGCCAUGGGUGCAGACCACGCCAUCGACCAGAAUCGCUGUGGAAACAGUCGAGGCACAGGGGGAGGACCUACCUUUGCCCCCAGCGCCAGAAUUGCCACAGCCACCAGAUCCACCGGAGAUCCCAGCCGAGGUUCGUGCCAAGGUGGAAGAAGUGAAAAAGACCUUGGGUCCUGCAUACAAUCAGGAGAUCGAGGCAAAGAUCUUGGAGUCGGCAGCAAGUCAGUUGGCUCAGCCGGCCAAAGCAGAAAUUACUCAUGGAGACUUGAACAAGAUCUCACAGGCAAAGAAGCAAUACCUCAAAGCCAAAGAGGAUGUUGCCAAAAUAGACAAGGAUUGGUUGCAUUUUGCAAAGACGAUCCAAGCAGCAUAUGUGCGAGAGCAAGCUGCGUACAAGGAGCAAAGGGCCGAAGCUAUCAAGGAGCUGCAGUUGAAGAAGGACAAGUUGAGGGAGCUGCAGGAUGCAGUACGACGCUCAGCGCUGUCUCAAUUUGGCGACCAGGAGGAAGUGCCGCUAGCUGUAGCAGAAGAUGUGUACCCUUUGCCGCAGGACGAGCUGGAGGAAAUGGUCUCCGACGAAGAGCUCUUGGCCGAGACAGAGGUCAAGGUGUCCGGGAGUUUUAUCCAUGCUCCGCAGCCAUUUGGGAGAUUGGCACCUUCUCCUACGAGAAAGGCGGAGAAGCAAGAGGGUCGCCAAUCCAAGAAGCCGAAGAAUCAAAAUGCUGUUGCCAGUGGGGAGCCAGGGUCCUAG